AUGCGGCGCUCCGUCUCGCGCGCCGCGCUGCUGCUGCUGCUGCUGAUAACCGCAGCGUCGGCACACCACAGCGCCGCCGUCGGCGAAGAGGCGGCCGCCGCCGACCACGCCGCGUCGGGCGACGCCGUACCCGCCGUCCCUGCCGGCGCCAGGGCCGCCGUCGCUCCGGUUCACCCCGUCGCCCACAGCGAAGGCGCCGCCGACAACAAAGCUGCGGUGCCCGCCGCAGCCGGCGACGCCCGCUACGCCGACGGAGACGAGAGUGGCGAGAGCGAGCACAUCGCCGACGUCGUGGCGCAGGACGGCAGCCUGUCGCGGGUGAGAAAGUCGUGCCCUCCCUUCGGCCCGUGCAAGCAGUUCUGCAUCGAAGUCCGGCCGCGAGAUCCGCGCCAGUCGCCGUUCAUCAUCUGCGAGCCGCCCGACCACGCGAAGAACCCGGUCCCGCCCUAUCCGUUCAGCCCCACGUAUCCUUACUACCCGGAUUACGAGUAUCCUUACCCACCGGGGCCCAAGGAGCCACUUCCGCCGGCGCCAGAGCCGUAUCCGGGGUACCCGUACUCGCCCUACUACAAGGCGCCCUACUACAAAGCGCCGUAUCCCCCGCCCCCGCUUUACUACCCGCUACCAGUGCCGGUGCAGUCGUCGCAGAACUCGGCCUCCUCCGCAGCGGCCACGGCUACGGCGUCCACGGCUCUGCAGGGCCUCAGCAGCCUGGUGCCACAUUUCCGCGCGGUGGAGGAGCAAAAGUCCUCGCCGGUGGCCAGCAAACCGAACGCUACUCCAGACUCGUCCGAGAAGCCGGCAGCGUCGCCUUCCCCCUCGGCCCGCAGCGUCUACGACCCGGCCUAUCACGCCUACCCGUACGCGCCGCCGGAUUUACCCGUGCCGGCGCCGUGCUAUGCAGACCCCAGGUACCUGCCGCCUCCGGGCGCGCAGACGCCCCUAGCGCUGCUGCAGCUGUUCCUGCGGGCUGAAUCCGCGGAGAUGAUGCGCCAGGCGAGCGGCGGGAGCUCCGAGCACAGUGACAGCAAAUCCGGUCCUACGAAGGUCAACCUGCCCCUGGAGAAUCCCAAGAAGAGCGACUCAUCCGUCCGGGAAGCGCAGAUGGCGCCCGCUUACGGAGCGCCCUUCGGCAGCCCGUUCGUGCCCUUCGGGUACCAGCCGAUGCCGUACGGUUACCCAACUGCACCGUACGGUCCUGCCAACUUUCAGUCCAGUUACUACAAGUCAGCAGAGCCGAAGCAGUCCAAACCCGGAGCGCCGCCCGCCACUCCGUACGCCCCACAGAACCCGGCCGUCCCCCCGGGCACCGAGUUGCCUAAGGACGACGUAGGAGCGCCGCCGUCUCCGGCAGCCAACAGCGUCCUGAAAGCUGGCAUCCCGGCUCCUGCGGCCCCCGGCAGCCCUGCGCCGCCUUCAGCUGCCUCGAGUCCACCGGCGUCUUCGCCGCCAGCUGCCGGGGCCGCCAAGGACAAACCGCCAGCCGCGCCGGCUGGCAAACCGAAAUCCGCGUCGGAGGUAGAUGACCAACCCAAGGUGGCCGUCAACCCACUACACAGAGGGUACCCGCAUCGGUACGGCUAUUGGGGUCAGCCUAUAGCGCCUGGCCAUCUCUACGGCAACCAGUACCAAAACUACCCCGGAAUGCAUUAUGGUAUGAUGUAA